AUGUACUCGGCCCAGACAGCCGGACUUGGAGUAACGGACGGUGGCACUAUCAAUCCAGCAGCGCUCAAUUCAGCUUUGACGAACCCAAUUAUCACUCCGGAAACAAGUCCUCGAGGCAUCAAACGCAGUCGCUCUCCCGAUACAUACGGCGACCUAGCGCCGGGUGAUGGUUUAGGGGAUGAUGGUGACUCAAAGCCGAGAAAACGAGGACGACCGAUGAAAUCAAGACUUCCUGGAGCUGUACCGGAAAGUCCAAUUCAGUCAUCAAUGCCGUUAUCUCAGAGUCUUCCUCCCCAGACCCCGCAGUCGCAGACUGCGGCUCUGCCGUCUCAAAUAAGCAACGUCACUCCUACCCAGACAUCCCCGCCCAAAUCAACCCCAACCAAGACCGUAAUUAAGGCACUGCCCACUGUGAGGGACCAUACAACGGAUCAGUUAGGCCCGGAAGGAGACGAAUACAUCCCCAGAGAAUAUGACGAAGCGGGAGAAAAGAAAGUAACAGCCAACGGUCAGCUUCUGGAUGGACGCGAAUAUAGAUGCCGGACAUUCUUUGUGCCAAACAGAGGGGACAAAUUGUUUAUGCUAGCCACGGAAUGUGCUAGGGUCUUAGGAUAUCGAGAUUCAUAUUUACUGUUUAACAAGAACAGGUCGUUGUACAAGAUCAUCGCGACUCAAGCCGAGAAGGAGGAUUUGAUUCACCAGGAAAUCCUACCGUUUUCCUACCGCUCCCGGCAAAUUGCCAUUGUCACGGCUAGGUCGAUGUUCCGGCAAUUUGGCAGCAGGGUCAUUAUCAACGGAAGGCGCGUCCGCGACGAUUAUUGGGAAACCAAAGCUAGAAAGCAAGGAUUCACCGAGGAAGACCUUGCAGGAGAGAAACGGCCUGGUGCUGCAAAAGCCAGAGAUGCUGCCGCCGCGGAAGCUAGUGCCACUGCUUCAUUAACCCUGGGCCAUCACGGGGAUAUCGUUUACAGUAACAACCCUGGGCACUUUGGAGUCCAUCCUCAACCGCAAACGGUCCAGCCAGGCAUGAUCGGUGCACCAGGAGGUGCAACCCAACUUCCUAUGAUCACCCUUGCACCCGAGCAGCCCGAUAUGCGUAUGAGAGACUACAGCAAUAUUCAACGCCCUCGUCAGGAGAUCACAGGUCCCGCCUACCAGGAUCGUACUCAAGCAAGCCCAACGACAGAGCUGCUGACACAUGCACAUCAAGCCGCGGAAUACAACAAACAGGUCAAUUCGCAACGCGCCCGAAGCAAUGAAUACCUAGAUCGCCAUUGGAGACAACCCCGUGAAGCACCUCCAUCCAAUAUUGCCCCUCAGCCAACUGGUACGCACGAUGGGCUUCCGUCAACACAGGCCAUGCAGUCCCCGCGGACAUCACAGAGCAGUGCUCAGCAAUCAACAAUGUCUCAGCAAACACCGCAACACAUGAUGACUGCUCAAGGCUAUUCGCAGGCUCCACACCAGCAAACCCCCAUUGCCCAAACACCGAUGAGGGGAAUCCCUCAAGGUUCCAUAAGACCAGAUCAAAUGGGGAGAUCUCCGGGCCUAGCCGUUGGCGCAGGGAGUCUUCAACAAGGAGGAAAUCCCUAUGGGUUUCCUCAGCAAAGUAUGUGGCCUCCAUCUCAGGCCCAACAGUCACCACAACAUUUCCCGGGUUACGGCACCCACGCACCUCAGCAAUCACCUCACAUUCAGCAAUCGCCACACCAACAACCACCACAACUUCGCCAUUCGGGCAGCAAUCCCCAAAUGCAACAGACCAUGCAGUAUUCAGGCAUGCAAGGAAUGGGUCAGGGCUAUCCCACACAAGGGCGAGGGCUUUACCAACCCGAUCAAGGCUCUCAACAAUUCAUGCAGCCCAACACCUCCGGGCCUCAGCCAGGCACCCAGGGCUGGGCAGGGCAGCAGUCAUCAGGAUCCGGAAACAACUGGGGAGGCUGGGCUGGACAGCCUCAAUGA